UGGUGUUGAAAAUGGCAUCGUCUCAUCUGUGUGCUGGGAUGUCCAACAGCAAUUGCUUUUGAGAAAAAGCCAAAUUUCUCUCCUUAUGUUAGCAGUAAUCACCGAAAAUGACUCAUUUUAACCGAACUACAAGUCACGACACGUCCAUCAAAUCUGAUCAGCAGACAAAGUGAAGAAACGAAAAAUGUUUGGCGGAUGAUUCCGGACGAUCCCCACCGGGUCGUUGAAGAAAAUUCCGUCCUGUCAAUAACUUGCACCUACGCUUUUCGUGACGAUGACAGCACCCAGCAUCAGAAUGUUGUUUGGAAAUGGGAGCUGCCCGACUUUCUCACCAAAUAUCCACAAUUGAUCCAAGUCGACGAGAGAUUAUACAAAACAUUCGACACCAACGUCACUCACAUGUCAUCGACUUUGACUCUUAACAACGUCACUGCGAUGGAUACGGGCUAUUUCCGAUUUAUUUACGGUGACGUGGAAUUGAAACAAUACGUCUACAUUUUCGAUGGAAAGAAUUUGGUCAUUAUCAGCGACAAGAGUUACUAUCCGAAUUACUAUUUAUUCUUCUUCCAUCAAGGUGAAUUGGGCAUCCACAUUCCGUGUAAGCCGACCCACCCCAAUGUUACCGUUUCACUCCUCCACCGGGAACGGCUCAACGUCAUUGAACUUCACAAGGAGGAUUUGUUGGCGGAAACUGAUUCAAAUUGGUUGUUUGAGCCAGAACGUGGACUGACGUUGAAACAUGUGAUGAUAAAUAACACUGGUAAUCACGUUUGUGUUGGCAAAAUGAACAAUGUCACCAUCGAGAAGUACUUUACAAUCAGCGUCAAAGGAAUGGAGUUGGAAAGAGUUGGUGGUCAUGGAGAUCCGGUAGUUGGAAAUAAUGUCACUCUUAUUUGUCGUGUUAUUUUCCCCGAAGUCAAAUACGCCGCCCCACCGGAAUGGGCCUAUCAGAUCAAAAAUACUGCAAAAAUGCAAGUUAUUGAUGAAGCAAAUCUACCUGAAGGCAUUGAGAUAAGCACUGAGGGAGAAAAACAGAAACAUAAUACAAGCGGAUUCAAACUGAAUUAUUACGUGAGUACAUUGCAUCUGUUUAAUAUAACCCAAGAAACUCAUACAACAUUCCAGUGCAAAGCCAACAAGUACAAAGACGCAGUUACUAAGACCAUUUCUUUUCGAAUUAAAGAUCAAUUUUACAGCGAUUCAGUUUCUGAUUUCGUCCAGUUGGACGAUAAAGGAUCGGAAACCAAUAUCGUCAUCGCCUUUUCUGUAACUCUGGUAAUCCUGGUAGGACUUGGAAUUGGCUUAGGCGUCAAACUUCAUUACGACAAGAAACAUCAAAUGUCACCAGCAGUCAGAAAAUUGCUCGAAGGAAACAAGAAAGAACUUAAUCGCCAGUUGUCAAUAGAAGAACAAACUGAAUAUUUACCUUACGACAAGCGGUGGGAAUUUCCCAGAUAUCGCCUCAAACUUGGAGUGCAACUGGGAGUUGGAUGCUUCGGACGAGUUGUCAAAGCCGAAGCCGUCGGAGUCAAAGAUUCGGAAGAGACGGUGAAAACAGUGGCUGUCAAAAUGGUCAAGUCUCAGAUCAACGCUGCAGCAAUGGAAGCCCUUGUGAGCGAAUUAAAAAUACUCAUUUACUUGGGGUCACACCUCAACGUCGUUAAUUUGUUGGGAGCCUGCACCAAGAACAUCCAUAAAGGUGAGUUGUUGGUCAUCGUCGAGUAUUGUAGAUACGGCAGCUUGCAGACCUACUUAACCAACCACCGAAAAGGCUUCGUUAACAUGGUAGAUGAGUUUGGUAAUAUGAAAUCUGAUAACGACGAGGAAAUUGAUUACAACGCCAGUGCGCUAGAUUUUGGAGAAAAGAAUUUGGAAAAUGACGACGAAAAUUUAGCCUCAAACAAUAAAGAAAGUCCAGUAUUCGAACUGAAUCAACAAGAUUGGGAUUCAGCUUUAAAUCGACCCGUUUCUACCCGUGAUUUGAUUUCAUGGUCCUUUCAAAUAGCCCGUGGGAUGGGUUACUUGGUCAGCAAAAAUGUUCUUCAUGGCGAUCUGGCUGCCCGAAAUGUUUUGCUAGCCGACGACGGAGUGGCCAAAGUGGCCGAUUUCGGGAUGGCCAAGAAAAUGUAUUACGAAGAUAAUUACGAGAAAACCACCCAAGGGCUUAUGCCGGUCAAGUGGAUGGCCAUCGAGUCCUUAACGGAUCACGUAUUUUCCAGCCACUCGGACGUCUGGUCUUAUGGUGUACUCCUCUGGGAACUUUUUACAAUGGGUAAAGUUCCGUACCCAGGAAUGGAUGUCGGCCAUCUCCUCAUCAAAGAAAUUCUAAACGGCUACCGUAUGGAGAAACCGGAGAAAGCGCCAAAUUUCAUCGGUGAUAUUAUGGCGGAAUGCUGGAAGGCGGACCCGAAAGAGAGGCCAACAUUCACCCAACUGGAGGAGAUCAUCGUCGAACAACUGGAGUCAUCCGUCACCUCCAGCUACUUGAACAUGAAUGACGAGUACGCGAAAUUAAACGAAGAAGUGGAAAACGCAGCUCCGACGGACCUCUUUGGAUUGGCAAAAUUGUUGACUGAAAAGUCGCAAAAGAUCGAGAAACCGUCGUCUCACCACACAGAAAACGCCCGUUACUCUUUCCUUCCCAAGAGGUUUUCCAAGAAAAUUAGGAGCACCAACGACUAUGCGCCAAAUAACCUUCAAUCCAUGGAGAACAUCAAGCGGCAGGCAUUCGAAACGAUGGAGAUUUCGGACUUGCACAGAGAAAUAGAACCUUUUGUAGCCUAAAAUCAUUUCUUUGCGGAAAAAGGUACGCUUGCAUGCCCUCUAAUUGGCCAAUAAUUCCAUUAAUUAUUUCAGUAAAUUAUCUAUACAUUUAUUUUAAUUAUUAUCCCAUAAAGUUUUCGCUUCAAAUCCGUAUCGCUAGUGCGUCAAUAUUUUUGUUGGUUGUAUCAGACAAAAGACAACGCAAUAGAAUUCGAAAUAGCCUUCCAA